AUGAUCCAGAGCCCAAGUCUAUCUCUAAUCUUUCUAUCUGUUUCUCUUGCAGGCAGCAUAAAGGGAGCGACGAUAGUGGAUGCUCUGGACACCCUCUACAUCAUGGAAAUGUUUGAAGAUUUUGAUGCUGCUACUGACUGGGUAGAGAAGAACCUCGACUUCAGUGUGAACGCCGAAGUGUCUGUGUUUGAGGUGAACAUCCGGUUCGUUGGAGGUCUGCUGUCCGCCUACUACCUGUCUGGGAAAGAGGUAUUCCGUAGAAAGGCGGUGGAGCUGGGUGAAAAGCUGCUGCCAGCCUUCAAAACGCCCACCGGCAUCCCCUGGGGCCUGCUUAACCUCAAGAGUGGUAUUGGUCGAAACUGGCCAUGGGCAUCCGGUGGCAGCAGCAUCCUGGCAGAGUAUGGCACCCUGCAUUUAGAGUUCAUGCACCUCAGCAAACUCUCAGGAAAUCCGGAGUUUGCACAGAAGGUAAUGAACAUCCGGAAAGUACUAAAUCGCCUGGACAAACCCCAAGGGCUCUACCCCAACUACCUGAACCCCAACAGUGGCCAGUGGGGCCAACAUCACGUGACUGUGGGUGGCCUAGGUGACAGUUUCUAUGAGUACCUGCUGAAGGCCUGGCUGAUGUCUGACAGGACUGAUGAGGAAGGCAAGAAGAUGUACUAUGACGCCCUGCAGGCAAUAGAAACCAACCUGAUCAGGAAGUCUAGCGGUGGGUUUACCUACAUAGCGGAGUGGAAGGGGGGACUCCUGGAGCAUAAGAUGGGUCACCUGACCUGUUUCGCAGGGGGCAUGAUCGCUCUGGGGGCUGAUGGGGCGCCCAGCGACAAGACGGGCCACCAGAUGGAGCUGGCCGCCGAGAUCGCCCGGACCUGUCACGAGUCUUACGCCAGAACCGCUACGAAGCUGGGUCCGGAGGGCUUUCGUUUCGAUGGCGGGGUCGAAGCCAUCGCCACUCGCCAGAAUGAGAAAUACUUCAUCCUCCGUCCCGAGGUCAUAGAGACAUACAUGUACAUGUGGAGGUUCACCCACGACCCCAAAUACAGGGAGUGGGGCUGGGAGGCUGUUCAGGCCUUGGAGCAGUAUUGUAAAGUAGAAGGAGGCUACAGCGGCGUCCGAGACGUCUACGCUUCGAGUCCCAGCCACGACGAUGUGCAGCAGAGCUUCUACUUGGCCGAGACACUCAAGUAUCUCUACCUGCUGUUCUCUGACGACGACCACCUACCGUUCGACCACUGGGUCUUUAACACCGAGGCUCACCCUCUGCCCGUCAUCAAGAAGGACAAAACAGACAGACCCAACGAAGUGGAAUAGCGGACCCGCCCGCGCUGACACCUAAAAACAAGUGCGAGAACCUCUGAUCCUGUAUACCUGAGCCUCCAGCUGUCCAUUUGGAGUCACCAGUGGUUACAGAUGCCUCUUGAUCGGAUUUCACUUUUCAUUUCUAAUGGGAUCAAAAUAGAAUUCAAGCUCGCCGGCGCUGAAUUCUUGCUGUAGAAUCCAGUUUGUUUUUGUUUGUUUUUUUUUGCUUUAGUUUCAUUCAGCUCUGACCUGAACCAACAUAUUUACUGCCGGAUAACGGAACGACACCAACAAAUGUAGUGACAUCGUCAGAGAGGCGAUGAAAUAAUCUCUGAAGAUGUCAUUACGUUGAGCAGGUUUUUAUUUCUUUGAUUCAGAGGGACAGUCUGACCAGUCCUCACAUUAAUCGUCAGUGAUUUUGUUGUUAGUAGCUACAGCUGCGCUCUGCUGUGUUGUUGUUCGUGAAGGAGAAACAGUGACAGACCUGAUCCCGUCGUCUCUCUGAUGUUAUGAUGUUUUUUGGACCGGAGCUCUGGGCGGCAAACUCCAGGAGAAAAAAUAUAAAACUGUCGUCUGAGGAUUACAAGGCUGACUUAGUGAGCUAAAAGACGCUCCGUUCACUUCACACGCGUCGUUGUUUCCUUCUGCUGUACCGCUUCAGUAUCUGAAUAGAAACCGGUUUCCGUGCGCCAACGCUGGUGCCGCCACCGCCACCGAACUUCUGCAUCAUCUUCAGAGGACCAUUUGCUUUUAUAAAAAACCUGGUUGUCUCUGUGGGAGUAAAGGAAAGGCGCAGCACAACCCGAGCCUCUUUUUUAACCCCACAGUACUUUUAGACCUCUGCUCUGCCCCCCCUCAGUCCCCCGAACCCCCGACUGCUUCCCUUCCUCUUGAGUUUUGGUGUGACACAGGACGAGCAGCCACACCAGCUCUCUACCUGCCAGUAAUUCCACUUUCUCCCCACGACGUUUACACAUAAGCUCCCCUCUUCUUCUCCUUCUGCUGCUCAUCCUCACUUUGUUGCAUCUUUUCUGGCUUGUUGGAUUCUGGGUUUAUUUUUCUUUCUCACAUUUACACCGACAUUUCUGGGGUUUGACCGAUACAGGUGUUUGGGGUUUGCAGUUUUCCCCUCAGGAUCUUAUUUGGCGCCAGCUCAAUCUCAACGAUUACAGGGUUUUGAAAUCAAAUGAAAUCGUUGUUUGACUAAAAAACAAAAAGAAAGUCUCACCUCAAGGUCUACGUUUGUUGAGCUGUCAGCCACAUUUCACGGUCUUCCUCAGAGUGUUCUGUGCUGUAACGCAGCAUGGAGAUGAGUUCGGCUGUGAGAUGGAGUUAAAUGCUCUGUAAAAAGCAAGUAAGUGGACCUUGAGUUAGCUUUUUUAGUUAUUUACGUAUGUUUGGAGAAUCAGGAAUUAACUUUGACACUCAACGUUGUCCUAUAAAGAUCUUCAACAUCCAAAAAUUCAAUCUUAUUUCUUUCCUCCUCCUACAAAUGUUAACAUCCUUCAACAUUAGUAUGCAUAGAAACAGAAAUCUUGGACCCUUGUAGAUCCACUGAAGAGGACACUGAUUGAUCAUAUUCAUCUGCAAACCCUAUCUGUUUGUCUGUAUCUGUCCAACCCUCCGUCCUCCAGGUCCAGCGUACGGCCGGCUGUAGGAUUUUCCCUCCUCUAUGAGGAGACGCGGACACUCGAGUUUGCUGUAAUAUUUCACCUUCACACAC